CUUCCUUUCCCGCAUCUUCUUCGUCCUACUCCUCCCUCCACUGUCGCCGAUCUGUUGCGCCUGCGCGAGCUCCUCGCCGCCGAGAAGAAGUAGGGUGUGGCAGUCCUCCUGCUCUCCUCCCCCUCCUCCUCCUCUGUGCACAUCGCGUCCCCCACAGCCGGCAAGAAGGUUUCUUGGAGCCUCCGUCUCGGUUCGAGGCGAAUUUGAAGUCAAUCAAUAUAUUCUCAAUGCUCCUUUUGAGGUAGCAUGUCUGAACAACAGGAUCAUGCAAGUAAAAGCUCUUCCUCAAGUAUUAGCAGCAGUACUCAGGAGAGUGAGGAGGACGUGACAGUUGGUACCCUUUUAACUGAACCAAAAAACAGUGGACGAAGUCUUGGAAAGCGCCUCUCCCACUUAGAUUCUAUCCCGCACACUCCUCGAGUUAAUGGGCAAAUUCCAGAUGUUAAUAAUGCAACAAUAGACCAUGAAACAUUACUGGAAAGAUUGGGCACUUAUGGCUUAGCUGAGUUCCAAAUAGAAGGAGAUGGAAAUUGUCAGUUCCGAGCUUUGGCAGAUCAAAUAUUCCGCAAUCCAGACUAUCACAAACAUGUGAGGAAGUCAGUAGUGAAGCAGCUAAAGGAAUUCAAGAAAAACUACGAAGGUUAUGUUCCAAUGGAAUAUAAGGAGUACUUGAAGAAAAUGAAAAGAUCUGGAGAAUGGGGUGAUCAUGUGACCUUACAAGCGGCUGCAGACCGGUUUGCUGCCAAGAUUUGUCUGCUGACAUCGUUUAGAGACACAUGCCUAAUUGAGAUAGUCCCCAGAGGCGCCGCUCCCACAAGAGAGCUUUGGUUAAGCUUCUGGAGUGAGGUACACUACAAUUCCUUGUAUGCAACUGAAGAUCUUCCAAAUCGAAAGACCAAAAAGAAGCACUGGCUGUUCUAAGUAGGUGAUUCUUGGAAUUAUACCUGCCAUUGUUGUUCUCACUCGGUCUAGCUGCAGCUGCAACUUCAUUUCACUUCGCUUAUUUCCUGUCAUUGCUGAUGUUGUAAGUUGUAACCCAGGAACAUACUUUAUAAACUUUUGUACAGUUAAAUGUUGAACUUUGAACUAUGCGCGGCAGUUCGCAGCCGUUUCAGUAAUUA